GCGGAUGGUUGAAAGGAGGGAAGGAAGGGGAGAGAGGGGGGAAGGGGAAACGGGAUUGGGGUAAACUGAGGAGGAGGAGGAGGAGGAGGAGGAGGAGGAGGAGGAGGAGGAGGAGGAGGAGGAGGAGGAGGAGGAGGAGGAGGAGGAGGAGGAGGAGGAGGAGGAGGAGGAGGAGGAGGAGGAGGAGGAAGAAGAAGAAGAAAAAGCCACAGAAGCAUCCCUUCCUUUCUUCUCGCGUAAAAACCGCACGUUCUCCCCAUUUCAAAAACAAGCACGGACAGAAGCGCGUGGAGCGGCGCCGAUCGCGGCGACGCUGAGACCAUCGCAGCGCGCAUGGCGGC